UUAAGAGAGAGAGAGAGAGAGAGAGAACUCGGGAAUAAGUUGAACGACCUUCCUGUUUGUGUGUGUGUGUGUGUGUGUGAGAGAGAGAGAGAGAGAGAGAGAGAGAGAGAGAGAGAGAGAGAGAGAGAGAGAGAGAGAGAGAGAAGAGAAAAAUGGACGUGAACCAACUGCCGCGUGAGGAGUUAGAGAAGCUUGCGGAAGCGCAUAUGCGAAAUAUCGAAGGAGGGAGGAAGGGUGGGUUGUCUCGGAUAGGCAAGUCGGGGGAGGAGGCUGCAAAGGAGAAGGGGAUAAGGUUUCCACACCUGGAGAAGCCGGCUCCUCCGCGUCCGAAGGACAGAGGCCUUCGACUGGAUGAAGAGGAAGGAAGUGGUGGUGAUUCUGGUGAAGAAGAGGGACGAAGAAGCAGUGGCGGACGCGGGAGGUCUCGGCACCGAGGAAAGCAUCACGAAGAACAACAAGAGGAUCGUGAUGAGAAGUCGGAUAUGGAUGUGGAUAGACAAGGGGAGGAAGGGGAGGGAGAGGAAGUGGGCCGCGUGAAGGACGAGAAACAACCCAUAUCUGCACGGACAAGGGGGAAGACGGACAGUAGACAGAUGACGGAAGUCGCCGAAGAUUGGAUGGAAGCGCCUCAAGCUGCCAACUAAGUCGCUCUUUCACUUGACUUUGACUUGACGAUAUGGUGGCGGAAAUCACCACCCGCCGCCGUUCUCUGCCUUCGAUCGAGCGGUAAAAGCCAGCGCCUGACUUUCGAGGAAGUCUACGUUCUACUUUCCAACGUUAUCACCAACGUCUCAAGCUGCUGUGUAACUCGUUUUUUUUUUCCUUAACAUUGUAUUACGUGCUUCGACAAAGUGACAGAAGUCAACGCUUGACCUCCGGGGAAGGCAACGCUUCACGUUCAAACCUUAUCCGUCGCUGCGAACUGCUGUGUAACUCGUUCUACUUUGACCAAGCGACAUAAGUCGACGCUUGACUUUCGAGGUAGUCAACGCUUUACGUUCACAGUCUUUCAGACUUCAAACGUCAUCCGUCACUGCAAGCUGCUGUGUAACGCGGUUCUACUUGGUAUUAGGGUUGCGGACUUGAGCGCUUGGCUUCCAGCAAGUGUGCACGCUGCUUUUAACCUUUUCCUCAACGAGGCAAGGAGAUAGAGGAGGUACUAGGUACGGUUCUCUGAGGGCAUGCUCACAGAAGUGUUUUUCUUGGUCCCCCUUCUUUUGUUGUCUUUGUUUUUCCUCUUUCAACUGCUUAGCUGCUCGCUUGUGUGUACUAGAGACGUAGGCCUCGCUUGAACUUGAAGUGUGGACUAGAGACAUAGUAUUUGCAUAUGGUCCCUGCAAGUAGAGCUAGCCAAGGACAGCGAAGGACUUCGUGCUUAGUAUGGAUGAUUGACUCGAAGUCUGUCUCAUGGACGUUAGAUCGGGUGUGGGAGAGGCAAAUAGCAUGUUAGUUCACGCCGACGAACUGUCGGUACUCGUUGGGGAGUGUGUGGACUAGAUGCCCAGCGAGUGGGGUAGAUGCAUAGCACGUACGUCGUACACAGUCCAUGCACGUUACUCGCUGGAGAGUGUGCGUGGACUAGAGACAUAGCACGCGCACGAAGUCGCCCAUGCAGGUUGUACGUAAAGCGUCGUGCAUGGCUGCGCAGUACGCAUGGACGUACUUACGGUCAACGGGAGCAGACAAAGGCGUUGACCCAACGGAAGUCUUCGUGUGUGUAGUACUUAGUCUUUACAGUCUGUACUCUACUACUCUGCAGUAGGCUCUCAGGCUCUUAGCAUUUAGAAUUGGUGACGAGUCUGGGUGUGUAGUAAUUCUUAGCACUCAGUGUGUAAUAAGAUUUCACGCAUCUGCCAUCAGGCGACGAUUUUCGAACAGUUUUCGGUGUUUGUGCUAUAAGAUUUCACGCAUCUGCCAUCAGGCGACGAUGUUCGUACAGUUUUCGGUGUUUGUGCUACAACUGACCGAGAUGCGAUGUACUUGGUCUAAAUUCCGUACUCGGAGUGCUGCAAUUGCUGUCCUUGGUGCGUCGUGCAUGUAUAUAAUGCCCCACUAACAAAGAGAAUUGGAUUUA